UAUGCACUCCGAAAAGGCCCUGCAUCUGCGUCCAACCAUGUGUGCCGCUCACCGUCGCUGCGUAACGCUGCUUUUGCACCUUUUUGCCUCUUGCGCGCGGCGCGCUCUCGUCGCGCUCGAGGUCCGUAAUCGAUAUCGGCCGCGCCAAGCCUGAUGUCAAAAUUCUGGUCACCGCCCGCCAGUCCGCUCGCCACAAGCCCUCCCGACCGACAACUUUCUUCCUCCCCCUCCACAUUCGACUUUCUCUUCCCUCACACACACACACUUACACACACCGUCAAAAUGGCAAAGAGCUCGCGUUCCAGCAUCAAAAAGACCAACAACAAGAACCUCAAGACCCGCGUCUUCGGCCCCGUCGAAAAUGACCGCACCGAGCGCCUGUCGCAAAAGCUCCUCGAGCUCGCCCAGCAACCGCGUCCCGCAAAGUCCGAGAUGGAGGUAGAGAAAGACGAAGCCGCUGCCGAAGCACAGCCCGACGCGCAGGCCGAUAACUCUGAAGACAUGGAACUCGACGACGCGAACGCAACGACGAAGCCUUCCAUGACGAGCUUGAAGAAGAAAACCGGCCGUGUUCAGAAGAAGAGGCGUGGCAAGCCCCAGAACACGCUUACUUUCAAGAAUUUCAAGACGGGUGCCCGGAAGUCUGGCGCAGGAAAGAAGGGAAAGCGGUAGCCAAGUGAGCAGGAC